ACAACAAUUUGUUCACGCUUCUCCCUUCUCUAAUUGUGUCAAUGAGUAUAUAUAUUAAGCUUGAAAAUAUAAGCAUCUUGUAGAAAAUAGCUUGGGGGAGAAACACUUUCAAAUUUCAAUCGACUACAGAAGAACAAAACUGGGCAAGGUUUAAGAUGGGACUUCUUCAAAGCAGCAAGAGGUCUAGGCAUGGCUCAAUCCCGUUUUGCAAUCAUUGGAAAUUGAUUUUUCUUCUGUCAGAUACUGCAUAUCCUUCCAUUUAUACUCACCAUUUCUUCUCCAAAACCGGGUACCCUCUACUUCGUCAAAGCUUUUGCUCCAUAUCUUCUAAAUCUUCGUUCUCUUGGGGGGUUUCAAAUCGGUCUAAUUCGAAUAUUCAAUCUGAAAGUAAUUUGUUGGGUUCUUAUCGAUUCAGCAAUCAAUAUUUGAGUUGUAGUACCCAAUUUUUUAGGUUUAAUUUCAGUUCUCAAUUAUUUUCUAGGUCUUGUAUCAAUUCAUCGGCUAAAACAUAUGAUAAAACUGUUGAUAAUGAAGAUUUAAUUGUUGAUAUUAAUAGCUUAAUAUUUAAUGUAAUUAAAGGUGAUGGAAUUGACAUGGAAUCAAAUUUAAAUUCGAUUUCCCCAAUUCUGUCCAAGUCUUGUAUUAUCCAGAUUAUAAGAUGUUUGAAUUUUUCAAAGGUUCCUGCAUUGCGUUUUUUUAAAUGGUUGAAAAAUUCACAUUCAACCCACUGCAGAAAUUCAGACAUAUGUAGUUUAGUAUUUGCGAAUUGUCAUUUGUUAGGUGAUCAUGCAAAUUUGCUUAAUCUACUGAAAGAUUUCAGAAAUCAGCAGAUAUGUCUUAGUGAAAAAGCUUUCAGUUUCUUGCCCAUCACCAAUUCAAGUUUGGGGACUGCUGAGAAAUCUGUAAGUGAAAUUGUAGAGCUUUUAACUGAAAUUGGUGGUUCUUGUAGUAAUUCUGGGAUUCAUUCCUUGAUUGAGAUGCUUUGUUCUUUGAAUUUCAUUGAUUUAGCCAAAUAUGUGGUGAGAAUUACCGAGAGAAAGGUGUCUUAUUACAAUAUUUUUGUAAGGCAUAUGUGUAGAAGAGGCCAAUUCAGAGAGGUACAGGAUCUGAUUGAGGAAAUGAAGCAAAUGAGAUGUGACCCUGAUGCUAAAACUUACAAUUACAUGAUUAGUGGUUUGUGCAAGCGAGGUCGUAUUGAUGAGGCAUUAUCAGUUUUCGAAGAAAUGCAAGAUGGAGGUUGUUCUCCUAACUUGCAUACCUUUGAAAUAUUGAUUCUUUUUUGCUGUAGAUAUGGCCGAUCAGACCAUGUUCUAAUGCUUGAUAACAAAAUGGUUAGUAUAGGCUUGGAACCUUGCCUUUCAACUCAUUAUGCUUUCAUCCGAGGCUAUUUCCACGCAGGACAGUUUGACGAGGCAUAUAGAUAUGUGAGUGAUGUUUCUGAAAAUGAUAGAUGUGUAGCGCGGGAAGUUUACAGUGUUUUAGCAAGCCUUCACUUAAAUGAUGGGCAUCUUCAUGUUGCUCACAAGCUUCUUGAUGAAAUGCUUGGAAAAGGAAUUAAACCGGAACAUUCUAUUUGCUUGAGAGUAACUUCGCGUCUCUGUAAGAUUGGAAAAGCAAAUCUUGCUGGAAAAUUGAAGGUUCUGUAUGAUGGUCACAAUGCUGGAUGAUUUUGGAUCUUGUUUCUCUUCAUUUGCCUUUUGUCAAUGAUGAUUAGUAACUACAGUUUAGACAUAUAUGAUGUUGGCUCUGGCAAAAAUGUUUUGGAACUUCAUUGUUGGGUUUGAUAUGGAGAAGGUUUCCUGCAAGCUCCACUCAUCAUUAUCAUCAUACCCAAUAUCCCGCUCGGAAGCAAGGUUUGGGUGAAGGAAGAUGACGGACAAUCCAAACCUGUCCUUCCUUCAUAGGGAGUACUAGAGGAAAGCGGUCGGUUUUACCCCAAACAAGUGUUGUCGAUUGUCCUCCAUGCAUAAGAGUUGAGUUGAUGGAUCUAGGCGUUUUAGCCCAGUACAAAACAAGUUUAGUUUAUGUAGGUUGACAUCUUUUGAUGCUCGCUCGUGUUCUUAUCAUGGAAGUUUCAUAGAAAUCUUCUUCAAUUUAUGCUGGAUUUGUUAAAAAGAUCGCAGCACAAGUUUUGCUAUAGAACAUUAGCUGACAAUGGAUAGCAGAUUAAGGAGUACAUUGUUAGCAGGAAUUAUUUUUUUGGAUUGAAAGACGACCCUGCAAAUGUUCUUCUGGUGCACAAUAAAGUGUUUUUGCUAUCAUGCACCAAACUCUGAAUAAGGAUGUUAUAAGAAAGGCGAAUAACCUAACCUCAAGGUGGUGGCUUCAGUUGUGACUUGUGAUGUGUUGUCAGCAAACGUCAGUGAUGGGUUGACUGAUAAUUCUCCAAUUCUGCUAGUGUGGUCAUGCCCUGCUCCCAUGAUCCAUGGUGAUGGAAAUGGAACAGUAUAGCCGAUCCAAAUCUCUCGGGAACGGUUCUUAUCAGAGCUCAAUCUCUGCACUUGGAUUGGUUUUAUAGGUAAGCAUUUCAGACUUAUAUUUAAUCUGAAUCUCUCUCUUUCGGGUUUGCUUGUUUACUUGUGUGUGUGCUCAUGAAGAUUUUACGUAUGUUUCUUCGUCUUCAUAUCAUUCAUACUUAUAAAUUCUCUUUUGUGGUAUUGUGCACAAAAUAUAUAAUCCCUUUAUUUCACAAUGAUCAUCAUCUGUUUUAUUUUGGUGUUCAUAAAAACCCUUGUUUCUUACCCUAUGUUUUUUCAUUUGCUGUUGCACUAAAAGUCCUGCCGUCUGAUUCUUCCCAUUUUAUACUUUGUGAAAUCUAAAGACAUUUGUUUAAUGGACAAAGUCAUGGCUUUAUUAUGCUGCAGUUGAUUAAGGCUUCGGGUCGUCAGCUAAUUUAUUUUUGAAUUUUGGUUCGUUCAAAAUGGCCCAUCAUAGCCCACAAUCCACAAUACUUUGCCUUUUCGAUUUAUGAUUUGAGAGAAGAUUAGCGAAUUAUAUGAUACUGCUCAGGUAUUUAUACUUUGAUGAUUAUGGUGCGAAAAAAAUGGGUAAAAUUGAUUUAUGAUGAAAAGGCUUGACAAGGCAAAAUUGAAACUUGGAUACAUGAACCAAAGCAAACCAAUGUGAGAGACAAUGUAUAAUAAGGAUUAUCCUCCAUUUGACCCUUUCUAGCUCUAAAUCUACAUGAACAUUAUUAAUUCCAAUGUUAAUCUGGAAGCCUGGAAAGUAAUAUGGUUAGUUAAUUUGAUUUCAUUAAUGUAUUUUGCUUGUAGAUUCAUAUUUAUUUUUGUAAAUAUUUUGUUCGCUAUGUUGAAAUUCAUAGGUAAUAAAAUAAGCAAUGCAGAUAAUUCUGAAAACCAAAUGUAAUUUGGUGUUGAAUUACUUUGUGACUUAUAUAUGUGCACCUGCCAUUAUUUUGAAUUUUGUUGUUAGAAUGUAUUUGAACUACAGUGCUAAGACAAUGUUGUAUUGUGUCGUGACCACAUCAUAAAAAUUUUCAAAUUUAUCAAACUUGUUUUAUUUGCAUUGUAAAUGUGUAAAAAACCGCGUUUUAGACUGAUUUAGGCUAUGUUUAGAGUGACAUUUGGUGAUUGACCAUUACCGUAGUUUUCACUAUGAUUUGAAAUUUUUGUAGUUAAGUGAUGAUGGCUUGAUAUCUUGACGUAGAUAAGCUUGCAAAGGUGGAUUGAUUGGUGUUGCAUUAGAUUAACUUUUGCGAAGAUAAUGAAAUGAUUGAAGAAGAAGUAUGACUAUUAAACAUGUUAAAAUAUUUUCCUACCAAAUUGAAAACUAACUUUAAUUUCACUUUUCUACUUUUUAAUACCAACAAUGAAUCGUCUUUUGCCUUUUGGAGCCAGGCAAAAACUAUGAUAUAAAGGGGAGUAGGGAACUCUUGUUUUAUUAGUUUUAGAUUGGGGGUAUAAAAUUUGAGGUUUAAGCCGAUGCCAUAAGACAAGAAGCUUUUCCAAACUAAUGCUCUUUAAAACGUUUCAAAACUUAAAAGUCUCCAAAUACGUAGGGAAUAAUUUCUAAAAAAUAUUGUAGGCAUAAGACUGAGUUUUACUCUCUAUAUUUCCCAUGUCAAUUUAAAAUCGUUAAAAAUAUCUAAUAUUAUUUUAAGCUUAAAUUUGUGAAAUAAAGCAUCUUUCACUUCAUUUUUAGUAAUGAAAUAAAGGUUAGAAUGCUAGGAUGAUUAGGACUAAAUAUGCUAGAUUGAAUCGUUAGAUUCUAAAAUCAUAAAAAUGUAUUAUAAUUCCACCUCUUAAAAUUGUCCAAUUAAUAUUGUAAGAUUCUAGUAACGAUAAGAUCAUACCUACACUGCAGAGCGUUCACUUGUUUUGGAUCGUAGACAAGAAUCACUAUUUUAAUAACAAUGGUGCAUGAUUUGGUUAAUUAGGUUUCUAUUUUUUAAAUGUAGGCUUAUGCUAUGAGUCAAAUUCAAAGGAUGAACACGUGAGACAGGUACUAUAUG